AUGAACAUUGACAAUAGAGUCACCCUCAACGAGAGACUAUGUCAGAUCAAAUGGGGCUGGUACUCAAUGUCCAUGGCUACUGGAGGUAUCGCUGUUCUCCUCUACCGGACACCUCACCAAUUCACCGGACUUGAGAUCAUUGGAAAAAUUAUCUACGUUUUCAACUUGGCCUUCUUUCUUGCGAUCACCUUCUGCAUGGUCCUCCGCUUCCUUUCCAAACGGUCUGCCCUCAAGGAGUCAUUCAGAGAUGGCAAUGAAAGCUAUUACGCGCCCACUUGCCUGCUAGCUAUCGCGACCAUCAUCCUCGGAGCAGAGAGCUAUGGAACCGACUCCUGUGGCCCCUGGCUCCAGGUUGCCCUUCGGAUUAUCUUUUGGAUCUACGUCGCAUGUGCCACCCUCUUAGCGAUAUUCCACAACUGGUAUCUGUACCACCUCGCUAUGGCCAAGCGCCAACCUUUCCCAAUCGCUCAACUCCUGCCCUCUUUUCCUGCAAUGCUUUCCGGCACGAUUGCAUCGUCUAUUGCUGCAAACCAACCACGAGACCAAGCUCUACCCAUCCUCAUCGGUGGAGUCACACUGCAAGGUUUCGGGUUCAUCAUGUCUUGCCUUAUAUAUGCCGAAUACCAGUAUUUCCUUGCGAAACAUGGUCUUCCGGAGCUACCUAAACGUCCACAAAUGUUCAUUGCUGUCGGACCGUGGAGUUUCACUGCUCUUGCAUUGAUUGGAAUGGCCAAGGAGGCUGUCAAAGUAUUCCCGGAUCAAUACAUCAUAUCAUACAUGGCUUCCCAGUCCGCUGGAAAUGUCCUUGUCAGCACCGGUGAUAUUGUACUAGUGAUUGCCACAUUCUUUGCGAUAUUUAUUUGGACUAUGGCUUUUUUUCAUCUUUGCAUCGCUGUUGUUAGUGUUCUGGCAUCUACCAGAAUUUUUGGGGGUGAAGGAGCUCCUCCCAUGUCCGUCGUUUAUUGGGGUAUGGUAUUCCCCAACACGGGAUUUAUCAUUGCAACAAUCAGCAUCGGUCAGGUUUUGCAGUCGCCAGCUGUCUUGUGGGUCACGUCGGUUCUGACAGUAGUACAAGUCAUUAUGUGGUUGGGUGUGGGAGGUGCCACGAUAGUUGCUGUUGCCAGACGUCAGAUGUUAUGGCCGGAAGACAUUAAGAUCGGAAAGGAAGACGAUCUGUCAUGA